CCAGAUGUCAUCCUGUCAGACUGCCCCUCUGCUGCCAUCUGUCACACGGCAACAAAAGGGAACAAAAUGUUGGUGAGAAGGUUCAACCUCUACUGCCAUACAACUGAUUUUGACAUUAUGGGACAACAAAAUAGGAGGCAUUACUUUGGGAGCAGCCCUUGUAUGUUGAGCCUUUCAACAGAUUUCCUUUCUAGUGCCUCUUUGAUGUAAUGAAAGACACAGAGGGACAAUAAGUAGCUCUCUGUCCACAGUUUACAGAGUGUUCAUCAGUGCAUCCUGCUUAGCAAAUACUACUUGCAGUUGCUGGUUUGGCCAGGAGAUGGUACUAUCUGUACACACAGCCAUUACAGUGCAGCAGGGAUGAGGUAACUACCUGCUUGAAUCUCUGAACCAAGAGAGUGGUUUAGAUACACUUAACACAUAUUCUGCAAAGGUGCAUUUAAAAAAUACCACUCAUGCGAAACAAGUCAGAGGAUUGAGCAUGAUCUAUGGCUUAAAACUUACUCUUAAAGAGCACGAAUUAGUAACUAUAUACUGAGAUCAGCUCUUUAUAAUAAGUUCAAAACAUACUAAAGUCACUUGCAGCUGAUACAGAAAAAAAUGUGAACAAUAAAAAACACAUCAUUUUUUCUGGACAUCUCCCCACUGUCCAUAUAGUUAGUCUUUCCUGAUUUCUGCAAAUCUGGUGACCUCCAUGCUUACUAAUAGAAGUCAAAGUAGUCAAAGCUUGUCACGUGUCAGCAAUGUGUCCUUGCUGCAAAGAAGGCUAAUGGUAUCCUGGGCUGCAUUAGGCAGAGCACUGCCAGCAGAUGGAGGAAUCCUUCCACUCUACUCAGCACUGGUAAGACAACACCCUGAGUACUGCAUCUAGUUCUGGGCUCUCCAGUACAAGAGAGACAUGGGACUACUGGUACAGUUCAACAAAGGCCCACAAAAACAAUGAAGGCACAGGAACAACUCACAUAUGAGGAAAGGCUUAGAGAGCUGGGGCUACUCAGCCCAGAGAAGAGAGGGCUCAAGGAGGUCUUACCAAUGUAUAUAAACACCUGAAGUGAGCACAUAAAGAAGACUGAGCAAGGCUCUUUUCAGUGGUGCCCAGUGACAGGACAAGAGGGAAAGGGCACAAACCGAAAGAAAGGAGGUUCUGUCUGAACAUCUGGAAACACUUUUCCUAUGAGGGAAGCUGAGCAAUGGAAAAGGUUGCCCAAAGAAGCUGUAGAACCUCUCACUAUGAAGACUUCCAGAAGCCAUCUGGACACGGUCCUGGGCAGCCUGCUUCAGCCUGGCCCUGCUUCAGAUGGGAGGCUUGGACAAGAUGAUCCCCAGAGGUCACUUCCAACCACAAUCAGUCUGAAAUUCCGUGAAUCUACAUAUAUACAUUAUGUAGAUACAUAUAUAUAACAAAGAAUAACUAUAUUUACAGCAUAGCCUCAAUUAUAUAUUAUUGUAUAUAAUAUAUGUGUGCACAAUAGAUUAUAUUGAAUAUAAUAUAUAUAGAAAUGAGGCUAUGCUGCAAGAAGAGAUUUUGUAUUUUGCUUACUUAAAUGCAUCAGGUAAGCUACUGUAAAGUUUAAUACCCAAUAAUAAGAAAAAUGGCAAGCUCACUGGACCAUAUUUAGCAGCAGCAGCUACCUAGAAUAAAUCCAAACCUCAUUCUGGAAUGACUACAGCUACUUCUAAACGCAUCAUUGCAUUUGUAAGACUUGAGUCCCUUUCUCUUAUUGUACAUAUGUCUACACUAAUCUCUCCUUGCUAUUUGAUGGCCUUGCCUUUCAGUAUCUUCAUAUUCCUCUACAACUUCUGCAAAGCUGCCUCCUUCAUCUUUAUUACUGAGAAUAACUGAGCACAUUUUGCCACUUGUGUCAUUUUUCUUGGCUUCCCAAAUUAUUCACGAACUUGUGGAAGAUCAUGGAUUUCUGCAAACUACUGGCGACUCAUUCCACUAUGAAAAGUUUACUAUUGCUAUCUUACUUCCUGUCUUUUGACCAAUUAUUUAUCAAUACAGUGCCUUUCCCUUCAUCUCAUAGCAAAUUUAAGAAUAACUACAUAUUUUGUCCAAGCCUCCAGUGUGAUGUUCUUGAAUAAUCUGCAUUAUGCUACAGAAAUUCUACUUUUUUUCAGUAUCCGUUUUUAACAAGUUUCCUCAUUUAGCUGGUUUCACAUUUUUAAAUUAGGCACUAGUGCACAGGACAUGCUGACUUUGUUUUACUCAUUGAAGGGUUUAGGAUCUAAGUACCUUACAGUCAGUGUUAGAAAGCUGCUCUUCUUCAAAGGUAACGCUUAAAGCCCAUUCUGUGCAUAGUUUAGGGCCAAGCUAAAAUUUGCAUUUCCUAUUCUGGGGUCCCUAACACAUAGCUCUUUGAAGCGGUUUCUAAAGGCUUCACAUCGAUUGCAGAAUUUAACCUUAUCCAUACCACAGAAAAGUCACCCUUUCAGCUCUAGCAUGGCCUGACAGAUAAAGAGUCCCCAACUUCUGCACAGCAGGCCAGCAAGAUAAGCUGAAGGAGAAGGGACAACAUCAUGACACACCCUUUAUAAAGAAACUGAGCAAACAACGUUGCAAGUAGGUUAUUUUUAAAGAAAGCUGAAGGAAGGAGACAUCACCCACCAGAUCAAGUCAGAGCUGGAGACUGCCACAGUACCAGGGAAGCAGCCAUGGGCCAAGGUCUGAGCAUCAAAAAAUGUGAUCUUAAGAUCAAAAAGAACAACAACAAGCACCACACAAAAGAAAUCAGCACUGAAAGGCUUGUGGUGAGGCGGGGCCAGCCUUUCACUAUCAAAGUGAUCUUCUCAUCUCCAGUACACAACUACACGAAGCAGCUGAAGAAGACCUUCCUCUCAGUACAGACAGGAUCACAGUACUCCGAGGCAGAGAGAACCCAGGUAAAGUUUCCCAUCUGCACCACGGGAGACCAGAAGCAGUGGAGCGCAACACUAGAAAAACGGGACCCAUAUUCCUGGACCAUCUCUGUGAACACACCUGCCAAUGCUCCCAUUGGCGAGUAUGAGCUAGGUUCACAUACCUCCAAGUCUUACUGUGUCCUGGGGACAUUCAUCCUUCUCUUUAACCCUUGGUGCCGAGAUGAUGAAGUGUUCUUGCCUAACGAGCCACAGCGGCAGGAGUACAUUUUAAACCAGGAUGGUAUCAUCUACUGGGGGACUGAAAAUGAAAUCCUAGCACAGCCCUGGGACUUCGGUCAGUUUGAUGUGGAUAUUGUGGACAUCUGCUUCAGGCUGCUGGACAUAGGUGAACGCCAUCAACGAGACAAGGAUCACACCCAGCGCAAGAACCCCAUUUACAUUUGCCGCACUGUUGCUGCCAUGAUGAACUGUGAUGAUGCUAAAGGAAUCCUGACAGAAUUUGGGACCGGAGAAUGCUCUGACGGGACACCCCCUUCCAAGUGGCUGAGCAGCAGCUCCAUCCUCCAGCAGUGGGUUGCACUGCAGUACAAACCUGUUCACUACGGGCAGUGCUGGGUGUUUGCUGCAGUCAUGUGCUCAGUUCUGAGAUGCCUGGGAAUUCCCACCAGGGUUGUCACGGGCUUCACAUGGGCUCACAACACUAAAUGCAACCCAAACGUGGAGGAGUAUUAUGAUGAAGAUGGGGCACUGCUUACAUCUGACAGGAGUGCCCAUCUCUGGACUUUCCAUGUUUGGAAUGAAUGCUGGAUGGCUCGAUCGAACUCGCCACCAGAGUACAGUGGAUGGCAGGCACUGGAUGCCACCUGCCAGAAAAAAAGCAAAGGCCUUUCCUUCUGUGGGCCAGCUCCUGUUCAAGCCAUCAAGGAAGGGGACACAGAAGAGGAUUAUGAUGUCUGCUAUUUCUUUGCUGCCAUGAAUGCCAAGUGCAAGGUCUGGAUACAGAAAGAAGAUGGUGUCCUCAAGCCAACUUUCGUUUGCACGAAGUAUACCGGCAACAACAUCAGCACCAAGAGUGUGGGCAGUGAACGCUGUGAGGAUAUCACACACAACUACAAAUAUCCUGAAGACUCUCCUCAGGAAAAAGAAGUACUUGACAAAGUCUACAGUAAAAUGACACAUCAGACAACCAGCAGAAGCAUAGAGUUUAUCCCCAUUCCUACCACUCUUGAAGAGCGAGUUAACCCUCUUGUCCAGCUCCAGUCCAAGAGUUCUCUGAUACUGGGACAAGAUGUUCCCCUUUCCAUUGAAGUGUUUAACUACAGUGGCACAGAAAAGGCUGCAGAGCUGGUACUUGCAGCCCAGUCUCUACAUUAUAAUGGCGUUCCCAUUAUGCAACUUUGGAAGGAAAAGUUUAAUUUUAUCCUCAAAGGCAGUGAAGUUAAAACCCUGCAAGUCUUCGUGCCUUACUCAUCGUACAGUAAAGAGCUGGGAGAGAGCCGUCUGCUUAGGCUGACUGCCAUGCUGAGAGAUGAGGACUCCUUCUACGUAUACUUUGCACAGGAAGAGAUAAGCAUUUGUGAUCCUCCUCUGACUAUUGAGUUUCCAGAAAAUGUGGUACUGUACCAGCCAUCCACAGUGAAGAUCAGCCUCCAGAAUCCUCUCACUGAACCCCUGGAGAACUGUGUGAUAGUCGUUGGAGGGCGAGGGCUCAUUUACAGACAAAGGAAGUACAGGCUGGGUUCUGUGCAACCUAAAAGCACUCAAGACUUGCAUAUCUCAUUCACCCCCAUCGAAGCAGGACGCAGAAGACUCACUGCACACCUUACCUGCCUUCAAAUCCAAAACCUGAAGAGCUACAAAAGUAUCAAUGUUGCAGAUGCAUGAUGUCCAAUUUAGAAUAGGUUCUGCUGUCCUAUUUACAAGAGUGGUCAUGGUCUGUGCCCCCAACCUUUGGUGAGCAUCGAUGUUAAAAAUUUAAAUAAACUUAUAUUUACAAUCA